UUGAUUUAUUAGAAAAGUUCCAAUGCAGCGUUGAUCGGCGCGGCGCGUCGCGUUGGUGGCAGCUUAGUGGGGAUCUAAUAAAACUCGGUGCUAAGUACUUAUGGGCAACAGUUACUGUUGGGACACUCACAGCCUUAGAUCCUCGUAAAGAAAAAAAAAUAUUUGAUCCAGUGAUUUUUUUGGGAUAUAGUGUUUCAAUCGGUGGACAAUCACAGUGAAAUUAUUUAAUUAUAAUUUAAAAAGGAAAAAUGCAAUUGAAAUCGGGCAGUUUGCUGGGCACGCUUUUGGGCGUUUUGCUUUUAUUACUUGUGGAUUCGGGUUAUGGUGCAUAUAAAUUGCAAGAACGUUAUAGUUGGAAUCAAUUGGACUUUGCUUUUCCCAAUCAGAGAUUAAAGGAAGAAGCUUUAGCUGUUGGGGAUUAUAUUCCUCAAAAUGCACUUCCCGUUGGAGUUGAACAUUGGGGCAAUAAAUUGUUUGUUACAAUUCCCAGAUGGAGAGAUGGCAUUCCGGCAACUCUAACAUACAUUAACAUGGACCAUAGUGUGACGGGAUCACCAGAACUGAUUCCAUAUCCAGAUUGGAGAAGCAACACAGCUGGUGAUUGCGCCAACAGCUUGACCACCGUUUACAGAAUCAAAGUCGAUGAGUGCGGCCGUUUAUGGGUACUAGACACUGGUACUUUAGGAAUUGGAAACACCACAACAAAUCCCUGUCCAUAUGCGGUUAAUGUAUACGACUUGGCGACAAACACUCGUAUACGUCACUAUGAAUUCCGUCCCGAUGACACCAAUGCCAACACUUUUAUUGCCAACAUUGCCGUUGAUGUGGGAAAGAGUUGCGAUGAUGCAUUUGCUUACUUCUCUGAUGAGUUGGGUUAUGGUCUGGUUGUGUAUUCUUGGGAGCAGAACAAGUCAUGGAGAUUCUCUUCGCACAGCUAUUUCUUCCCAGAUCCUCUCAGAGGGGAUUACAACAUUGCCGGUUUGAACUUCCAAUGGGGCGAGGAGGGUAUCUUUGGAAUGGCUUUGACUCCAAUUCGAUCGGAUGGUUUCAGAACAAUGUACUUCAGUCCUUUGGCAAGUCAUCGGGAAUUCGCAGUGUCCACUAGAAUUUUGCGUGAUGAGAGUCGAGUUGAAGACAGCUACCAUGACUUUGUGCCAUUAGACGAACGUGGUCCAAACAGUCACACAACUUCACGAGUUAUGAGCGAUGACGGGGUAAUGUUGUUCAAUUUGAUUGACCAGAAUGCUGUUGGAUGCUGGCACUCUUCAAUGCCUUAUUCACCUCAAUUCCAUGGAGUUGUAGAUCGUGACGAUGUUGGCCUUGUAUUCCCUGCUGAUGUUAAAAUUGACGAGAAUAAGAACGUAUGGGUCCUUUCCGACAGAAUGCCAGUGUUCCUUCUCUCCGAUCUUGACUACAAUGAUGUGAACUUCCGUAUUUAUUCAGCUCCUUUGACAAACUUGAUUGAAAAUACAAUUUGUGAUUUGAGAAGCAAUGUAUAUGGUCCAUCAAACAGUGUUGCUACCAAACAACCCUCACUUCAGUAUGGCAUUAAAAAUCUUGGUGUACCCAGACCAACAAUUCAGCAAAGACCUGCCUUGCAACCUUCCAAGGGUUAUUUGCCACCUCUAUUGGGGCCAGCAAUCUCGCCAGUGGGCUACACCACUCAGAAGAUUCCAGCAGCUAAGGCUUUCGUUUACAAUCAACACAAUGGAAUAAGCUACGAAACUGGUGGUCCCCAGACAUUCCCAGGAAUUGGUUUAAGAGACUUCCCGACAACCAGAAGCUCAUGGUGGGGUCAGUAGAAAUCAAAACAAUAACGUUGCUCAGUGGCAAAAGAACGCUGUGAUCUCAGCAAAUUGGCAUUGAUGCUUAGAUUGAAUUUUAUUUUAGGUAUUUUGUCCAAGAUCAAUACUCAUUAAUUGGAUACAAAAGAAAAAAGAAAAAAAAAACUCUUAUUAUAUUAUACGGGUUAUAGUAAAAAAAGAGAUGUGUACACUUGUUAUUUAUAUAUUUGUUGUAAAUAUUCUAAUCAUUUUAGUCAUGAUAUGUUUUACAUUCAUCAGUUUAUUUUUAUAUGUAUUUGUGAGUUCAUAUUUAAAAUAGAACAAAAUUGAAUAAAGAUUUGUAAUUUGUAUAGA